AUGGGCCACAUCAGAACAAAUGGACAUCCUAGUUUUUUCACUGCCAUCCGAAGUUAUCAAAACACUAUGGAUCCGUUACUGAAUACAUUCGAGACAACCUACACUUACCCCUUCUCGCCACGCAACUUGUGUUUUGAGCCACAUUCCCCGUUGGCGGGCUCCAUCAGUAAAAUGUUGUCAUUGAAGUGCUGUUCGGACUGUUGGAAAUCGUUUUCAGGAUGA